GGCUGACGGGGAGCCGGGGACGCUGAUCGCUGAGGUUCGGGACGGGUCGGGCUGCCAGCCGCUCGGGACCCGUCUUGCCGAGCCAGGUCUGGCAGGGGGAGCCUCUGGAGGCCGGAAGCACCGGGGGCGAGGGGGCCCCGGGCGAGGAUGUGUCGGGGCGGCGGCGGCGGCGGCCGGACCUGCCUCCCUUGCUGGUGACUGAGUGACUGACGGCCCGACAGUCCUCCCAGGGCUCUCGAGGGGCUUGACGGCUGCUCCCGAGCUCGGGGACUGGCGGCCCCGCCAGUCGGCCCUUUGUUUCCAGGCCUCCAGUCCUUCGCCCCCGUGCCCGGAGGAUCUAGGCGGCGGCCCGGGGCGGCCCUAGCCCCCUCCCUCCUUGUCAGCCCGCGGGGAGCGCGGUCACCGCAGGAACAGGACGAAUGUAUGACAACAUGUCCACAAUGGUGUACCUAAAGGAAGACAAGUUGGAGAAGCUUACCCAGGAUGAAAUUAUUUCUAAGACAAAGCAAGUGAUUCAAGGAUUGGAAGCUCUGAAGAAUGAACACAAUUCUAUCUUGCAAAGUUUACUUGAGACACUUAAGUGUUUGAAGAAAGAUGAUGAGAGUAAUCUGGUGGAAGAGAAAUCAAACAUGAUUCGCAAGUCACUGGAAAUGUUGGAGCUUGGGCUGAGUGAGGCACAGGUAAUGAUGGCUUUGUCAAACCAUCUAAAUGCAGUUGAAUCAGAGAAACAGAAAUUGCGUGCCCAAGUGCGCCGUCUGUGCCAGGAAAAUCAGUGGCUGCGGGAUGAGUUAGCUAACACACAGCAGAAGUUACAAAAAAGUGAGCAAUCUGUGGCUCAACUGGAGGAAGAAAAGAAACACCUGGAAUUCAUGAAUCAGUUAAAAAAAUAUGAUGAUGAUAUUUCUCCAUCAGAGGACAAAGACAAUGAUUCUACCAAAGAACCUUUGGAUGACCUUUUCCCCAAUGAUGAAGAUGACCCAGGUCAAGGAAUUCAACAGCAGCAUAGCAGUGCAGCUGCUGCUGCCCAGCAAGGGGGCUAUGAAAUUCCCGCACGGCUUAGAACUCUUCAUAACCUCGUUAUUCAGUAUGCUUCCCAAGGUAGAUAUGAGGUUGCUGUACCAUUGUGCAAACAAGCACUAGAAGAUCUUGAGAAGACUUCUGGUCAUGAUCACCCAGAUGUUGCCACCAUGCUAAAUAUCUUGGCUCUGGUAUACAGAGAUCAGAAUAAAUACAAAGAUGCAGCCAAUCUACUAAAUGAUGCACUGGCUAUCCGUGAAAAAACCUUGGGCAAAGAUCAUCCGGCGGUGGCAGCAACUCUAAAUAAUCUUGCAGUGCUUUAUGGUAAAAGAGGGAAGUACAAAGAAGCUGAGCCCUUGUGUAAGAGAGCCCUGGAGAUCAGAGAGAAGGUUUUGGGAAAAGAUCACCCAGAUGUUGCCAAACAGUUAAAUAACUUGGCCUUACUCUGCCAGAACCAGGGCAAGUAUGAGGAGGUAGAAUAUUAUUAUCAAAGAGCCCUUGAGAUCUACCAGACAAAACUGGGACCAGAUGACCCCAAUGUGGCUAAAACAAAAAAUAACUUGGCAUCCUGCUACCUGAAACAAGGGAAAUUCAAGCAGGCUGAAACCCUGUAUAAGGAGAUUCUCACUCGUGCACAUGAGAGAGAGUUUGGCUCUGUAGAUGAUGAAAAUAAACCCAUUUGGAUGCAUGCUGAGGAGAGAGAAGAAUGCAAAGGAAAACAAAAGGAUGGGACAUCUUUUGGGGAGUAUGGUGGCUGGUACAAAGCUUGCAAAGUUGAUAGUCCAACUGUGACAACCACUUUAAAGAAUCUUGGAGCACUUUAUAGACGUCAAGGCAAGUUUGAAGCUGCUGAAACAUUAGAGGAAGCAGCCAUGAGGUCUCGAAAACAGGGUCUUGACAAUGUUCACAAACAGAGAGUAGCUGAAGUGCUAAAUGACCCUGAAAGCAUAGAAAAAAGAAGAAGCCGAGAAAGUCUCAAUGUUGAUGUGGUAAAGUACGAGAGUGGUCCUGAUGGAGGGGAGGAAGUGAGUAUGAGCGUAGAAUGGAAUGGGGAUGGCACUGGAUCUUUAAAGCGCAGUGGUUCCUUUAGCAAACUUCGGGCUUCAAUUAGACGAAGCAGUGAGAAGCUGGUUAGAAAGCUGAAGGGAGGAAGUUCACGAGACAGUGAACCAAAGAAUCCUGGCAUGAAGCGUGCCAGUUCUCUGAAUGUUCUUAAUAUGGGUGGCAAGGCUGCUGAAGAUCACUUUCAAGAACGAAAUAAUUGUCUGACAGACUCGAGAGUUCUGAGUGCCAGUCACACUGACUUAGCCCAUUGAGGUGCUGGGACUGAAGCUAGCUAUUAAAGAAGCACUGAGACUCUCAAAGCUUUGGUUCCUCGUCACCCUGGUUAGGAACAUGUAGAUUAGAGGUUCCAUUGCAAAGGACUCUGAUUUUUUUUAUAUUUCUAUAAAAUGACUCAAAAUGUAGUGACUUUUUCCUUCUUUUAAAGAGACUGUAGGUCAUUGUUAUCUUCCAUGCUUACUGAGCUCUGUUACUAAUAGGUUUUAUCACAGUAGCCAUGAGCUAUAGAAACACUGAUAUUUUAAAUAUACCAACACAAGAAAGAACAGGAUGGUCUCUAGAUUCCCAGGACUGAAACACAGCCAAUCAGAAGUAACUCAGCUCUUCACUGUGGCAUAGUGUAGGCAGGCUCAGCUUGCUGUGGUUGUAGGGCUCCACUGCUGCUGGCAGUCCAUUUAAUGCUGUCACAUUUAUACAUGGUUCCCCGAGUAGUGUUUUAAUUUGGCUCUCUAGAUACAUGUGUUAGGAGCCUGUCACCUUAUCAUAUUAUGCCAAUGCAGAUCAAAAGUCUUGGUCAUGUUUUAAGCCAUGCUUUAAAAAUUGUGUUUCUGGGACCCCUGUAUAUCCAAGAUUGAAUCAUCCAUGGUAGAAUGAAGGGGUUGACAAGCAGUGAAGACAGUCUGUCACACUUCCCUCUAGUCACUAAUUGCACUAAAUUGUUGACUUUAUUUCUGUUCUGUUUUUGGCCUAGUUCUUUACUAGGGCCUGCACAACUGGUCAUAAGAGGAAAUGAGACAAGUAAUUCUGUGUCGGGUCAGAAUGCUUCACAAGCUAGAGACAUAGCCUCCAAAUUGUCUUUUCCUGUGUCACAGUCUUGGUUGGUGCUUUUGGAACCAUAGCAGCUUAUAUUAACCCAAAGACAGGUACUGGUUAGACAACAAGUGGUAUUCUGUCGUCUUCCAUUAGGUUUCACCGUAAACUAAAAAGCUACACUUAGUAGAGAGGACUCACCUGGGUCUCUCCAUGAGAUGAGGGCUUAUUUCAUGUCACUCUUAAUAAGUUCUGUUAUACUUGGAGAGUGUAAUAAGCUGUAUGCUAUCAUCAGUGACUGAGCAUUGUGAAACAAAAAGGAAAAGAAGAGUUUACUUACUGAUAAGAUCACACAAAGAUUAGAAUUUAUAAUUUGUGUUAGAGAAAAACAAAUCUACAACUUUUUGCUUGUGAGCAGGCUAAAAACAAAAGAUUAUGACCAUCCUUCUUAUUAUUUUAAUGCAAUAAUAAGUAAGAACUAGGUCAUCUGUAUAUGAAAUGCACUUAAAUGUUUACUAUAAAAUACUUGCUUUGUAGUGUCUCUAGAGAAUUUAUUUGAAGUUGGAUAUAUAAUAAUUGUAAACAUUUUACACGUAGUGAUAAUGCUGCUAAUUUUAGUUUCUCAUAGUGUACCAUACUUUUGGUGAAUUUAAGAGAACAAACUUUUUGGGAUUAUUUUAUAGCAAUUUUAUCUUUAAAAGUUUAUUUGUUUUAAAAGUCUUUGUAUAAUUAUUAAUAUAUUGUAACAGAAUGCAAAGAUUCUGUGUCUGUAUGGGUUGUAUAUGCACAUUUUUUCAGUUUUAUGCAUACUUUCAAUAUCAAAAUGUCCAUUGUACCUUCUGUAGAAGACUUCAUGUUGCCUAACGACUAGCAUUAUUAUGUGAUCACUAUUUUUUCCGUGUACUAUGUGGUCUUUUCUUACCUUUUUUCCUUGAAGGUGAGACCAUGAUGUUUCACAGAGCUAGAGACAUAGCCUCCAGAUUCCCUUCUUGAUGGCAUUUAAGCUGGCAGGUUCCCAUAGAAUUGGAACAUAUACUUUGCAUUUAAAAUUGUAUAUAAAUAGAUGUACUUCAGAUGUACUUAGAAAAUUUCUAUCCAAUUGUAAAAAGAUAGCAGAAACAGGCAGGGACAGCUGUUUUGAUUUCAUGAUUAUAAAUCUUAUUUUGUAGUGGAGUUAGCACUAGGUGUGCUGUAUCUAAAUUUGAUAUAUAAAAUACAUGGUUCAUUACCCAUGAGAAAGUGACAGGCAACAUGACACAGUGGAUAGAAAGCUAGUUUUGGAAUUAGGAAGACCUGGGUUCAAGCAUUACCUCUGAUACAUAACUGACUGACCCUGGGUAUGCCCCACGCAUAAAUUGCAAUGGGGAAUUUGUAUUGGUAGGACAAAUUCCAGAGUUCCUUUUCAGGAGUUUUCUAAAUUGAUAAAAUCACAGGUAUAGUUGUUUGUUUGUUUUUAAGAAAAUAGUACUGCUUACUCCUUCCUUUGUUCUCUCCAGCCACAUCUUGUUAAAAUUCUUUCCUUUGCCUAAUCAAAACCAAAUGCAAAUGAAAUGGCAAACAAUAACCUAAUAACUGAGGGUCCAGUUCACUCUAGGAUAAUAAAACCUUGGCAUAGUUAAGGUAGAUGGAAACAGAGACUUAAAAGUAGAAUUUCAUGUCAAAUUUACAAAGUUAUUAGACCUACUUUUACAUCUUUGUUAAAGAAUCCAGUUUAGGUUAGUCUCAGUUCUCUGCAAAUAUAUAAUUAAGACUUUCAUCUUUCAAUAACUUACUAUUUGAAUGUUGUACAAGUGGAUUUCAUAACAGCGGAGACCAUAAGAAUCAGAAAAAAUCAGUUGUGAAACCAGAGAACUUUGCAUUAUUCUUGGUUAAAUUUCAGGAUGACAGUUUAAUAUGGAAAAUUCUGCUUGAAAUCCUGACCCCCUAGGUUUCCAUAAAAACGCAAACAAAUCCACCAGUGUGUUGCUAUUUCAAUUGGAUGUGUAAAAUGAAUGCUUUUUUGUUUGGUUUUGGUGAGGCAUUUGGGGUUAAGUGACUUGCUCAGGGUCACAAAGCUAGUAAGUGAUAUGUGUCUGAGGUUGGAUUUGAAUUCAGGUCCUCUUGAUUCCAGUGCAGGUGCUCUCUAUCCACUGUGCUACCUAGCUGCCCCUAUGAAAUUGCUUUUUAAAAGAAAAAUCCAAAUAUAUGUCUUUUUAUAUUCAUAUUCUUAUACUUACACCCAUUUGUUUUUUGCUAAUGUUUGGACAAAAAAGACUUUACCACCAGCACUGGAGAGAAAAGAAUCAUGCAAACAUUUCUAUAUGUCUUUGCAUUUGAGCUUUUAAAGUAUAACUUGUGUAAGAGUUGUGACUAGUGAGCACCAGAAAUCAAUGAGAAACAUUAGGUGAAGUUACUGUGGACUAGUACAAUAAUGUCAUACCUAAAACUGUCCUCUAAUGAAUUCUUCAGGAAAGAAUCCAUUUGCUUAUGGGAUGAUUAACUCCCUGGAAAUAUAUUGCUGUGUUUAAUGAGAGAGCAAAUAGGGAGUUGUCGGCCAUUUUCAUAUUUUGUGGGAGUUUUUUAGUCAUUCUCUUCCUCACUUUGAAAGGUCAGUGAAAGAUCACCAAGCAAAGUUAUUCAAAGUUUAGAUGUAGGUUGACUAAGGUGAAUGUUAAUGGGUUUAUAUAGCCUACUAAACAGUAGGUUUUUAACAUUUGAUUAUCUGAAUUUCUGUUGUUGAAAAUGCAUGUUAGCACUUGUUCUUAUGUAUGUUUACAAUAUAUGAUAGGCUCAAAUGUACAGUUUGGGUAUGUUUUUAGUAACUCUGGUCAGAGUGCUGCUAAAAGUAUCUUUUUUUUUUUUUUUAGUGAGGCGAUUGGGGUUAAGUGACUUGCCCAGAGUCACACAGCUAGUAAGUGUUAAGUGUCUGAGGCCAGAUUUGAACUCAGGUACUCCUGACUCCGGGGCUGGUACUCUAUCCACUGCACCACCUAGCUGCCCCAAGUAUCAUAUUUUAAAUGUAAUUGCUAGGUUUAUCCAUGGAAAGGAGCACAAAUAUUGCUAGGAAUUAUGUAGAAUAGAUUUUUGAAGGUUUAUAAUUCCUGUAGAGAUUGCUUUGUUAUACAUUUCUACUUAGGAAACUAAUUUCUGAGAUGAUUGUAAGUCUCUGCACUUAAUAUUUUCAAGAAGUUUACACUGAUUAGAAUUUUAAAAAAAUAAUCAUGUAGGCUCUUCCCUAAGAUAAUUUAAAAAGUAAAUAUAUACAAGUCUUUUGGAAUUGAACUGUACUACAAAGGUCAUUUGGUUAGAGGAGAGUCUAGGCUGAUAGAGAUCCUGUACUGUUUAAUUCCUCAGAAUUUUGAGGGGUGAUUUAAGUAUUUGAUAAAGAGAUAUGAAGAUAAACUAGGAAUCACAAAUCUCAUCUGGCAGAGAGACUUAAAAAGUAAGAAAUGGCUGACCUUCUGGGAUAGGAUAGGAAUUUUAGCAUAGUUCUUAUACUUGAGGUCUGGAGUAUGUCUGAUGUCUUUUUAGGAUGACAAUGGUUUUUAAGCUAGGCUGCUAAAAGCAGCUGAGGCCUGUAUCUGGAGAGGUCAAGGAGUUGUUUGUUUGUAGCACUUUGGACUCUAUGACGAUCUAGUCACCUUCACAGUUUCCCUUUUAAAAAUAGCUUUGCCCAAAGAAGAGUUGGACAAAAGAACAUUUUACAAAAUAUUUACUGUGUAUUUCAUAAGUUUAAAAAAUGUUUGCUUACUUACUGAAAAAAAAAAAGAUGGUAUCAAAUAAAUACAUAUUGUUUGGUGUCCCUUUAAGGGGAAACUGCACUCUGAUACUUGCUCAGUGAAAGCACUGAUUGAUAGGACCAAAGCCACAUUUACAGGCAGCACAGGGAGAAGGAAUGGAGGAAGCACUGGGGUCUGGAGUUAGGAGAGCUGAGCUUGCCUUCUCUUCAGGUGCUUCUUAGCUGCUGGCCCCUGGGCAAGUCACCCUUAUAUGUAAGAUGGGGACAACACUGCUACUACCUCAUGUGGGGAAAGUGCUUUGCAUAGCUUAAGAGUGCUAUAGAGAUGUCAGUUGUGGUUAUAGAUAAUAGAAACAGUGAGGUGGGCAUAUCUACCACCUGCAUCAUGGCUUCUGUAGCCCACACUGCUUGAUAGAGGACAAGGACAGUAUUUGUCCUGGAGCUCUCUUUCUUAGAAAAAUGUAAUUUCAUUUCUUAAGCUCAGUAUAAAGAUUUUCACUUGAUAGCUAUUCUACAACCACAUUUUUUUUAUUGAUGGUAGUGUCAAAGCUGAGUGUUUACAUUGAAUCUGGGAUUUACUGCAUGUUUUCAGAAGUAUGUCAUUUCUAUUAAAUGUAUAUGCUACA